UUUGGGGGCGGGUCAUUCCGUCACUUCCGUCAAUAAUACAACAAACGCUUAUGCUAACUGUGUUGUGUAGUCGAUGCUAACUCACGUUUGUUUUGCGUUACAUUUCGACUUAACCGAUUUCAAGACUAAUCUGACAGCCGUAUACCACCAGAUUCAAGGUGGCAGGUUCUACGCUCAUGGAGCCAUCCACUAAGCCUGGGACCAACCAAGUGGCUGAUGUGGUGUUUGUCAUUGAGGGGACGGCAAACCUGGGCCCAUACUUUGAAUCUCUGAGGAAAAAUUACAUACUUCCUGCUAUUGAAUAUUUUAAUGGAGGGCCCCCAGCAGAGACAGAUUUUGGUGGAGAUUAUGGAGGGACACAGUAUGGCCUUGUGGUGUUCAACACAGUGGACUGUGCUCCUGAGUCAUAUGUCCAGUGUCACGCACCAACCAGCUCUGCCUUCGAGUUUGUCUCAUGGAUCGACAGCAUCCAGUUCAUGGGAGGUGGAGCAGAAAGCUGCAGCCUGAUUGCAGAAGGACUUUCGGUGGCUUUGCAACUCUUUGAUGACUUUAAGAAAAUGAGAGAGCAAAUAGGUCAAACCCAUAAAGUGUGUGUGCUGCUGUGUAAUUCUCCUCCUUAUCUGCUCCCUGCUGUGGAGAGUGUCACCUACACCGGCUGCACAGCAGACAGCUUGGUCAAAAUCAUCAGAGAUAAAGGAAUUCACUUCUCUGUAGUGGCCCCCCGGAAACUGCCUGCUCUAAGGGCUUUGUUUGAAAGGGCGUCUCCAGUAGGAGGAGCAGUUGAACCUCAUCCUGAUUACAGUCAGGAUCCAUUCCACAUGGUCCUAGUCAGGGGCAUCUCACUUCCUGUUUCCUCAGGUGGAGGACCUGGACCACUCAAACCUGUACUCCCUCCACAGCCGCUGCCUGUCACUCCGCCUGUUCAACAAGCCCCUCCACCCAUUAACCCAGCCCACCCUUAUCAGAAUCCGACCCCCAUGACUCCCGCUCAGAUGGCGGCACAGAUGGCCGUGGACGCAGCCAACAACCAGAAGAUUCGCUUCCCGGGAAUGGGCAACCAAGGUCCUCCGUUUCCCAGUCAGCCAACCAUCCCGUCAGUCCCAGGAAUGAAGCUCAAUCAGCCCAGCAUAUCAACAGUCACCACAGCAAAUCAGCCCAUAAUGCCUCAGCAAGUUACUCCAAAUCAGCCACAGCAGGUCCCAACCCCAACAGGCCCUCAACAGCAGCAGACAGCACCUCAGCAAUCGCCCACAACGAAUCAGUCCACAGCACCUUCUGCACAGGCCGCCAUGCCUGGUGCAAAUCCAGCUGGACAACCACAAGCAAAUAAGAUAGUGGCAUGGACCGGCGUCCUGGAGUGGCAAGAGAAGCCUAAAGCCUCAUCCAUGGAUUCAACCACCAAACUCACACGCUCUCUUCCAUGUCAAGUGCACGUCAACCAAGGAGAAAAUUUAAACACAGACCAGUGGCCACAGAAGCUCAUCAUGCAGCUGAUUCCACAGCAGUUACUAACAACCUUAGGUCACCUCUUCAGAAACUCUCGAAUGGUUCAGUUUCUCUUCACCAACAAAGACGUCGAGUCGUUGAAAGGCCUGUACCGUAUUAUGGCCAAUGGCUUUGCUGGUUGUGUCCACUUCCCCCACACCACUUCGCCCUGCGAAGUGCGGGUGCUGAUGCUGCUCUAUUCGUCCAAGAAGAGAAUAUUCAUGGGCCUCAUACCCAACGACCAGAGUGGCUUUGUCAAUGGCAUCCGGCAAGUCAUCACCAACCACAAGCAGGUCCAGCAGCACAGAGCGCAGCUGGGUGGUGCAGGAGGUCCAAUGCCGCCCAGUCAAGUCCCCAAUCAGAACUUCCUCAACAGGCCCCCUGGUCCCAUUCCCUCUUCCCAUGGCAACGUUCAGCAGCAGCAGUCUGUGGUGGUGGGCAUGCCCCCUGUUAGUCAGGUCUCUAUGAUGGAGGAGCAGCAAAGGCAGAACAACAUGAUGACGAUGAGAGCAGCCGGACCAAACAAUCAACAACCGCCAGUAAGCGGCGCUCCACCCAACCAGGUUGCUCAGAGUGGCCAAUCUCAGGCCCAGGGUCCCAUACUUCGUCUCUCAAACCCAGGAGCCAAUCCACAGCUUCGCAGUCUUCUUCUCAGCCAACAGCAGCCACAGGGUGGGGUGUCUCACAUGCCAGGUAUAAUGUCUCAUCAAGGUUUAGGACAACAGUUGGUCCAUCCGUCUCCGGGGGGGGCUCAAAUGCAAAACCAGUGGAGGCAGUCAAUGCCAGGUCAAAUGAUAAUGCCUGGAGGUCAGAGAGGAGCUGUACCUCAGUCUGGAAUGCCUCAAUUAUCCAGCGCCAUGGAGGAGGAAAUCCUCAUGGACCUUAUCUGAUGGAGCGUUGUUGACGCAGGAACAAGACUUUUAUUUGAAUCUGAGCUGCCAUUCGCUGGUUUGGAAACAUACAUCUGCUUAUUGCUGCAAAUGUCCAACACAAUUAUGAAACAAAAGCAUGAGUAGCUUCUUCUUUUUUUUUUUUUUUUUUUUAAUAACGGGACUAAGCAGCUGAAGUUAAUUAGGAACA